AUGAUCAGAGAGGGACUAAAUGAGCUUGAUCAAGAAGGACUGCGUAACGUGCGCCUCAGCACAAUCUUCUUAGAGGCUCUACUGAAUGAAACACCUUUUCCUGUUCGCAAAUUCACAAACACGGUCUCAGUAAGGGAUCUGCGCAAGCAUCUGGAGAAAGCAGAUUUGGAUUCAGAGAAGAGCAGCCUCCUGCUGUUCUGCCGCCUGAGCCGGGCGCCUGCGCAAUCGCGGUCCCAGGCUGCAGCUCAGCACCAGCGCGAACUGAAGUCGGGCCUUCUUGGCUGGAUGCGCGUGUUCGGCGUCGGGCUUGUAAACCACAUAGCACUCUCUCAUUCUUCAAACACAAAAAUCAGAAGGUACGACGACGAGUCCUUUAACCACAGCCAGCCGCAGCAUUCUUUCACCCUGCAACUUGGCUGGGUGCGGGAGCUGUCCUGCCGCCUUCUCUCCAACUGCUUUGAUUCACAGAGAUUUGUUGUGGCAGUGGCCUGCCCAACAGUUUGGCAAGCUGCCGUAGGAAAUGCUGCAGCUCCAGGCAGGCGCUGGGAGCUGCCCUCGGAGACCCAGAGCAGGUCUGCUACUUUCAGGCAUCCAGAGAUACUUGAAGAGUUGCCCCAGUACGGGAUGAGGGAGCCUCCUUUUGCUGUUGUCUCAGAGUUUAAACAGCAAGGGCAAUUUGGCAGAGGGGGAAAUGGUGAUUCCAAGGCACUUCCAGGAAUUCUGGUGUAUUAUUCCUGUGGUGCGGUGGUGGAAUCGAUGGAAAGAGGCCUGAUUUUAUCACCGGGUUUUCCAAACAACUACUACCCCGGGACACACUGCGUUUGGCAAUUUUUCAUUCCCAUGAGAACCCAUCUCAUCUUGGAAAUUUUUGACUUUGACAUUUUUGAGAGCUCUGGUGAAACUCCAGCCCCCUGGGAUGGCUUUUCAGCCCCCACUAAAACAGGAAAUAAGGACAUGCCUGCUCUUGAGGAAAACCUAGACUUUGCUCCCCGUACCACAAAACCCUCUCUCCAGACCUGGAUGUCGAAGGCGGCUCAGAAUCUGAGCAGCACGGGAGAUCAGUCAAAGGACCUCGCUAGUCACCUGGCUGAACUUCCAGGAACCUCCUCAAAAAAAGAUGAAGCCAAACAAGCAUCUGAAGAAAACCAGUCGAAGCAGAUGAAGGAACCCAAAGCGAUUACCAAGGCUCAACCAGAAGAACUGCCAUUCCCUGGGGCUGGUGGUGCCACAAUGUGGAGGCAAAAUACCAGUGGCCUGGAAACAGAAGAUUUGAAAGGGAAACUCUUGCUUGCCCACCGAGCUGCUAGCGAGAGAGAGGAAGUUACAGGAGAGAGCUGGACUCUUCCCACAACAGUACUGCCCGUGGAAAUCUCCUCCAGCCCCCAGUCAGCAGCGGAUGUCUGUCCCCAUGAUGUACUAUACGUUUCUGAUCUCAUCACGUUUUCCUCUCGCUUCUGUGGACCAAAUUUACCUUUAAACAAGACCAUGGUCUUUGGUUCGUCUCUGGAAAUGGUUGAGGUUAUCAUGGAACUGAUCACCACCACAGACCGGGGCCGAGGCUUUGCAAUGCUCUUUGAAUACAAGAACAUCACCGACCCUAACACUGUAGAUGCUGUGAGGCAGGAGAGAAAGGAAAACAUGAUGAUGCUGGCAAUUAUAACAGGGAUCGUCGCCUUUGCACUUGCUUUGCUCUCUGCCCUCUGCAUAGCUUGCAGGCAGAGAACGUGCCCCAAAAGGAGCUCAUCCAACGCCUGCAGCGACCAGGAGAACGGGAUCCAGAACUCCGCCGUCGAUAUCAAUGAGCUCCAGCUGGUGGUGCCAAGUCGGGAGAAUGAAAACAACAACCACUCUGUCAGCCGGGAGCAGGCGGUCACUUCCUGCGGAGGCAGCACAGAACGGUCUCCUCAGGACACCGACCCAGAUGUGCCCUCCUCCACAUCCGCAGUGACCACCGAGACCGGGAGUGAUGAAGUGUUCAUUAUUUCUGCUGGACCUGGGGCCAGUGGGCUGAGCUUUACCACCUACAGAAUACAGGACAAAAACCUAAAAAGAAGCGUCACAAGCCCAGCCUCUGUGUCUGACUGGGUGACUUCUAAUCACACGGCAGCAGGAGCAGACGCUGUUGAGAAGGGGAACGUCCAGCUGGAAAAUCCCUGUCCCAGGCAGCGCACGUGGAGCGCCCGCACUUUCCAUGACUUCCUGGCUCCCAUACCACAGCUACAGAAAAAGUGGUGUAGCUGGACCACCAACAGUCCCUUCACAAAGCUGGUUGACAACAGCGGUUUUCCUACGGCUGCAAGAUCCCAAGGUGUCCCAACCAGAAAGGUAAUCUCAGCCACUGAGAUAGAGGGAGCAUCAGAGACCAUUUACUCCGAUUCAUCUGCCAGUAAUGCCUCAUACCCCCUCACUCUGUCUGCACAAAGGCAGCGGAAGCUAAGCUCCUGCAAUUUGAAGAAGUCCAGGUUUGGGAACCCUUAUUUUGGAUUUUUAGCCAGUUCUCCUGACAGCAAACAUGUGAGGUCCUUGGAUCCCUCAAGACAUCUAGGGGCAGCAUCUCCAAUUAACAGCCAAAGCCCCAAAAAUCUUCUAGAGAGCUCCAACCCACUGAAAAUCAACUUGGUCAAUGGUUCGAAAACAAAGGAGCUUAUGGUAGAAACAGAUAAAAACAAACCGGUUUUUGUUAUUUCUGAAGAAGGGGAUGAUCAGCAGCCCCUGGUCCUAGCAGAACAUCUUAGUCAAUGUGGAGAUCAUCUGUCAGAGCAAAAUGCUGCGUACGCUCCAGCUGUGCCAGAUAACCAGCCGGCGGUUCUGCCCGUUGAGGGGAACGGUUCUGCCAGCUUCACCUCAAAUCUUCCCCUGUGGGCAAAAUCCCCUGGUUUAUACAAAGGCCACGUGAAGGCCCCUAGCUCCUCCAGGGACCGGCAGAGCUCGUCAGCUGGAGAUGCUAACGCUACUGAGACCUCACAGAACUGCGCUAGCCUAGCUGCUCCUACGCCAUGCCAAGCCUCCGUCCAGUGA